UAGUACCAAUAGGACCCAGGAUUAUGCCAAAUUGUGAUUUGUUAUGGAGAAUAUCUUUCUCAGUGGCAGAAAAACAACUUGUACAUUCGUUUAAUUUCACCCAAUUCUUGUGUUACGGUCUUCUUAAAUUAACAUUAAAGCGUAUCGUAAACACAAACGACGAUGUCAAAGAUUUAAUGUGUUCUUACUUUUUGAAGACGGCUUUAUUCUGGGUCUCAGAGGAAGUAGAUAUUGACACAUUUAAAUUACCUAACUUGUGUAUUUGUUUUUCUCUUUGCCUAAAUAAGCUGAUAUCAUGGGUAAACACCUGUUACUGUCCAAACUAUUUCAUACCUGAACACAACAUGUUCUUAGGAAAGAUCAAUCAAUAUAACAAUUACUCACUACUCAGUGUACUGAAUAGUAUAAAGUAUAGUGGAAUUAGUGGAUUGAUGCAGAAUUUAUUUCAUUCUUAUCCUUGUAAAAAAAAGUGUUAUCCACCAUAUAGUGAAACCAGCGUACAAUCAAUAAUAAUUCAACUUGCUGUACAACUGUUACCACCACCGAAUACAAAUUAUAACAUAAGCACAAGUUAUCAUAGACAUUUACAAAACGGUAUACAGAAGGAUGCUGUGUCAGGUUGGUUGUUAUACGCGUCGUUUUAUUAUGUAACAGGACAGUUCAAUGUAACACUCAAACUUACAGAGUAUGUCCUAUCAAAAUUUUUUCCUGAGAUGGUGCAAUUAGGUGGGAUUUACUACAGUGAUGCAGAUAUAGAUAAUUACAGACAUAAUGUACAUUAUUCUAUGUCAUUGAAUGCAAGGAUGAAAACAAUUGUUGUAGAUAAGGUGUUGUACAUACCGCACUCAUCAUUAAUACCAAAAGAACUAGCGAUGGAGGUAAAAGACAGUGUGUUCUUGAUACCACCGUUUAUAAUGUCUAACUGUCUCAGAUUUUUAUGCUAUCAUCAUAUUGGUGAUACUUUCAACAGACAACUGGCACUACGUCAUUUACAUUUCGAUGAUCAUAUGUCAACUAUUGUAUUAUCUAAUACAUUUACACUACUUGGAGUAUGUUUUGAGAUUUCCGGUGAUAAGGACGCCGCUUUUCAUUAUUAUGAUGUUGCUUUGCAAUGCGAUAGUUACAUAUGCAGUUCAGCAGAAAAAAGGAAGUCAAGACUUUUAAACAUCUAGAUCAAAGUUGUAUCGCUGCAUGAUAAUGUCGUUCUAUCGACAACUCUUAUCUAUAAGGCCAAACUAAAUAUACAUGUGUUAUCGAGUUACACAAUGUAAUGGAUGUUAGUU